CCUCUUUUUUUUUUCUCUCUCCUCUCUCUCUUUCUCUCUCCACAUACACACCCGCAUUUGUAUGAUGUUUUUCCUCCGCACUCGUGAUUGUGACGAAUACCCGGUUUCUCAGAAUUUGUGCAUUUUCUUAGAUUAAUAUUCUGAUUCCAUGGGUUCCAUUAAUUUAAUCCGUUCAUAAUUUGCGAGAUGACGAAUCUGAAUGUAGCAGCGGAUCCCUCGCAGGUGGAAGGUGGUGGCGGAAAAACUGAGCCGCCUCCUCCACCCGCUGCGCAACCAGGCCCCGCUCUUCAUGGCGGGAGUAAGGUUUUUAAAAGCGGGCCACUAUUUUUAUCAUCGAAAGGAAUUGGCUGGACAUCAUGGAAGAAACGGUGGUUUAUUUUAACUCAAACCUCCUUGGUCUUCUACAGAAGUGACCCGAGCGCUGUCCCUCAAAAGUGGAGUGAAGUAAACUUAACCCUUGGAGGCAUUGAUCUCAACAGUUCAGGCAGUGUAGUAGUCAAAGAAGAUAAGAAGUUGCUCACCGUGCUCUUCACUGAUGGUCGCGACGGUCGAGCUUUCACACUUAAGGCAGAAACACUUGAGGAUUUGCAUGAAUGGAAGGCUGCGCUUGAGGAAGCCCUUGCGAAUGCCCCUAAUGCUGCUCUUGUUGUGGGACAAAAGGGUAUAUUCAGGAAUGAUCAGUCCAAUGCAGCUGAUGCUUCUUUAGAACUGUCCAAAGACAGACAAACAGUUAAAUCCCUGGUUAUCGGCCGACCAAUUUUACUUGCUCUGGAAGAUAUAGACGGCGCUCCAUCCUUUUUGGAAAAAGCUCUUAGGUUUCUUGAAGAGCACGGAGUCAAAACAGAAGGCAUCUUGAGGCAAGCUGCUGAUGUUGAAGAUGUUGAACGUCGAAUACACGAAUACGAAAAAGGAAAAAAUGAGUUUUCACCCGAUGAGGAUGCACAUGUAAUAGCUGACUGUAUAAAGUAUGUUCUUCGGGAGUUGCCUUCACCACCAGUUCCUGCUUCUUGCUGCAAGGCUCUCCUUGAAUCUUACCGAACUGAACGUAGCAUGAGAGUAAAUGCUAUGCGUACAGCAGUGUGUGAAACAUUUCCGGAGCCAAAUCGUCGCUUGUUACAGAGAAUUCUUAUGACAAUGCAAGCAGUGGCUUCUAACAAGGCAGUGAACCGAAUGAGUGUAUCAGCUGUAGCAGCUUGCAUGUCUCCCUUACUUCUUCGCCCUCUUCUUGCCGGUGACUGUGAUCUAGAUAAUGGUCUUGAUGUGGGAGGUGAUGGCUCUGUUCAACUUUUGCAAGCAGCUGCUGCUGCUAAUAAUGCUCAAGCCAUCGUUAUUACUUUACUUGAGGAAUAUGGGAAUAUAUUUGGGGUAUGCUUCAACCAUAUAAUUAAUUGUUUCCAGGAUGGUGCUGUAACUCAUGAACCCUACACUGAUUCAGAAGAGAGUGGAAGUGAGAGCGAGGAAAUUACAGAUGAUGAUGAUGAGAGCUUUGAUGAGGACGAUGAUGAUGAUGAUGAUGAUGAUGAUGAAGAUGAUGUGACCGAAGAAUCUGGUUCUGAUGUAGAAGAAGAUCUUGAGCAUGAAUCAAGCCCAACGAUUAGUGAGACUGGUGACAAAAAAUUGAUCAAAAAGGUCUCUCGAAGUUGUAGUUCAGGGUCCAACUCUCCUAAAAAGGAUGAUGUUAUUGAAACCAGCCAAAAUUUGCCAUCGGCCCCACCUCAAACUUCAUUUCUUCGACAUGAUAGUAGGAGAAGAAGUGACGAUUCUCCGAGUUCCAAUGAUGCAAAAAUGCAAUCAGAUUACUCUGAAUUAGAGAUUGAUCCUGUUGAAGAAUCAGCACUUCAAUUGUCUUCUGAAAUGUCAUAUGCAGCUGCGCGCAGUGCUCGGAGACCCACUGUUUGGGGACGUACUCCUGCAAAGAAGAAUCUUUCCAUGGAAUCCAUUGAUGUUCAGUUUGAAGAGGAGGAUGAAAUCAAUAAGCUCGAGGGUAUUAAAACCGAUCUUCAGACCAAAAUUUCUAGUGAGGCUUCGGCUAACUCACAUCUGCAAGAAAAACUUGAGAAGCGGAAGCAUGAUCUGCAUGAAUGUCGCAUAGCUCUCGAGAAAGAUGUGGCAAAACUGCAAGAGCAGUUACAGAAGGAGAUGGAUUUGAGGGCGGCACUUGAAGCUGGACUCAAAGUAACAGAAUUACCUAUAUCCGUUUCUUCUCUUGUUGACGAAAAGAUGAAGGCAGAUCUCGAGGAAAUUGCUCAAGCGGAGGCAGAUGUUAUAAAUUUAAAGAAGAAGACCGAUGAUCUUCAAUUUCAGAUUAAUCAACAGCGUGAACAAAAUUCCAGGAUUGUACACGAUAGAGUCAACCAGCUUCAUCAGAAUCCAAAUCAUCAAACGAAGUCGAAAGAGAAACAUAUAGAUGGAAGAGUAGCCAUCUCAAGUGCUUCCGAGAGUUUUUCAAGAAGUAAGCACGAAUCUUAUCGGAGUGACAAAGAUAAGAAACACGAGGUUUUAAAUAUAUCUGCGCCUCUGAUCCUACAACCAGAUGGUACACAAUCAAAAGCCACCACUGGAGCUGUGGAGACGAGCACGAAUAAGCCCAUCAGUUCCAUGUCUAGAAAGUCGAGCACAAGGGGCGAGGUCUCUAAUUCAACCACUUCUGCUCUGUCAAAGCUGACAAACAGACUCAACUUCUUAAAGGAACGACGCUCACAAAUUGCGUCCGAGCUCCAUAAUUUGGACAAAGGCAGGAGUUCGUCUCAGCCUGUGCAAAACCUCGAACAAGGUACAAAAUCAUCGGACCACAAUAGCCAGUCCUCGGUCGAAAACUCAGACAACAAACAUCAUAAACUCUCCAAAGACAAACAAUCAUCAUCAAAGAAAACAACCUCGGAACCCGAGAACAAAGAACUAGCUCACAGCGCGAACGGACAAACGCAACAAAAUCUCGAUAAAGAAGGGAAAUCGGAAGUGCCUCCGAAUCUCGAAAAGGGAAAAUCCGAGAGCUUUCCAACGGGGGAAAAAGAUCAGUCUAAAUUCCCUCCGAGAACAUUUUCCAGAUGAUGAUGUCAGCAUUCUCACAUUUGAAUUGACAAAUAAAGAUUCUUUUGUGCUGUGUAGAAUGCUACAAGGUAAUACGAAGUUCGGGUAAUGAAGAAUGGCGGUGAGCAAAAUUGAUGAAGGGCUUGUUUGGAGAAGAUGUUUUGGUUCUGUUGUAUAGGUUUAUUCCAACGUUGACAAAUAUGAAAUAAUUUUUUUGUCUGAUUUGUUAUAAGCUAUUUAUGUAUUUAGAGAUUUUUAGAUGGAAUUUAUAUCAUUGAUG